GUUAAAAUCAGCUGUGGAGUAAGCAGCACGAGCGGUAUCUGGUGGGGAAAACGCAAGGCGUUGUCGGCAGAUCCGAGCACAGGGGUGGAUCCGAGGCGAUAGUUUUGUCUCGACAGUUGGCGCCAGAUUCCGAGAGUUUACGUGCACAUAUUGAGUGCAGAGUGUACGUUUGAAUGUUCGCCAUAGCUGUCACAACACACAUACGGAUUUGUGAUAUUACAGUUCUCUUUGCAUUUUGCGAUAGUGGAGGUGUAUUACGUGUGUAGUUGUUAAUCACACAAGUCCGUCUGUAAAAUUUGGUGUACCUGUUGACGCCGCGAAGGGGAUUCACCAAGUACACACAUUUUUGAAGGAUUCGACGUGUCGGCAGUACUAUUCAUAUUUGAAUAGGGCUGUUCGAGGAGCGGAGUGUGAGUUUUGAAGUGUUGUGUAUUGCUAUUAUUUCAAUGAGAUUGUGCAAUGAUUGUAGUGUUAUUUUGCGGUAGUAUCAGUUUGACCACUUCGUAGAUACAUUUUUCUUGAUUUUGAACUACCGACGUGGAUUAAUGUCGCCGAUAUUGGAGUACCUGAGAGAUGUAUUUUCAUUUGUUUGAGUGCUUGUGUUAGGGAUUCGCAAGCAGCUUUUCAUACGACGGUGGACUGUGGUAGAAAUUUCAAGAGUUUGUUCAGGAAAAGGUUGUGUUUGAUUAAGCUGUUUCCCUUGUCCACGACGUAUUUUGUGAACCAUGUACGCGAUCGACAUCGUGACAGCACUCCUCCAUGCGGAAGUAGAAGCCGGCAACUUGCAAGGUGUCAUGGAAAUGUUGGCGAGAGGAGCAGACGUCGAAGCCGCAGACUUGUUCAAGGUACGACCGAUACAUAUCGCUGCCGAACAGGGCCAUUUGGACAUUCUUAAAACACUUAUAACACGAGGUUGUAAUGUAAAUGCACAGGCGUCCGUCCCAACUCCAAUGUCGAAGAAAUUGGAGCGGGGCAUGACGCCGUUACAUAUAGCAGCUAAAAAUGCUAACCCGAACCUCGCGCUCACUUUGAUUGAUGCCGGCGCUAAUGUGAACGCCAAGAGUAGCUCCGGAGUGUUUCCGCUGCACGUUGCAGCGCAGAACGGCCGUUUGCCCAUAGUGGAAGCGUUGGUUUCUGCGAAUGCAGACGUAAAUGCUGAGGACGACAAAAAACAUACUCCUUUAUUUUGUGCUGCGGCGCAGAAUUUUGAAGACGUAGCCAGAUUUCUUAUACUACAGGGUGCUGUUAUAAAUGCUAGAAAUUCAGACCGUUCGACACCAUUGCAUUUCGCAGCAGAAAAGGGAAAUAUUAACAUAACAAAGCUGCUGAUCCAGAACGAGGCUGAGAUUAAUGCAAAGAAUUUGGCAGGCAUUACCCCAUUGCAUGCGGCCACACAUAACAGACAGUCUGCAGUAAGUCAGUUUUUGAUUAACUGUGGAGCAGAUGUGAAUGAAAGAGAUGACGUGGGCUGGAGGACUCCUUUGCAUAACACAGCACAGAGCGGAUACCCAGCAGAAACCGCCAGACUUUUGAUUGCGAAAGGAGCUAACGUGAAUGCAAGGGACAGGACUGGAAUAACACCCUUGAACCUUGCUGCAAUGUACGAUUCCGUUGAUAUAACGAACAUCCUGAUCGAGAAUAAAGCUGACGUUAAUGCCACUGACGAUCGAAAGUGGACAUCAUUGCACAGUGCAGCUGUUACAGGCUGUUUGGAUACUAUAAAAAUUCUUAUCGCCAAUGGUGCUGAAGUUAAUGCGAGGACUUGCGAGCAGACAACAGCAUUGCAUUUCGCAGCAAUCUACCGGCAUGCCGACGUAGUUAAAUAUCUUUUGGCUAAAGGAGCCGAAGUUAAUGUAACUGAUAACAAAAACUGUACGCCACUUCAUUUAGCAGCAGAAGACGGUUCUCUCCGAAAGUCGGAACAAUGUCGUGCACAGGGCCGAGAUUCGAAACUAAAUACCGUGAAAACUCUCAUUGAAAAUGGAGCAGAUAUAAAUGCCAAACGAAACAAUGAUGAAACAGCUCUGCACCUAGCUGUAAAGGCCAACGAUCCGGUAGUUGCUCGGUGCCUGUUAGAGAAUGGUGCAUAUUACGAUGCGAAGGCCUUGUCUCAGUUUGGUAACUUUACCGUUUCAGAGAUUGCUGCGAAACAAAGAAACGAGAACAUAAGCGCUGUAUUGCACACAAUCGGAAAGCUGUUUCAAGCAGUGAAAACAGCUAACUGCGCUGAAAUUGAAAAAUGUGUUCAAGAAGGGGCACCAGUCAACAGCAGAAGUAUCAAGUAUGAAACAUCACUUACGUAUGCAUGUUGGAAAGGACAGUUAGCCGUUGUUAAUGUUUUGCUUAAGAAUGGGGUUGAUAUUAAUCUCAGCAACAGUAAUGGCAUUACUCCUUUACAUUAUGCAGCAAAAUUUGGACAUCAUGAAAUAUUGUGCACCUUACUGAAACACGGUGCAGUGUAUAAUGCCAAAACCAAAACGGGCAAAAAAACACCUCUACAUUUCGCCCAAGAAGGAGGAAAUAAAGAAGUUUCAGAGACUCUAAAACUGAUUAGAAGUAUGUUUACCAGAAUAAGGAAAAAGGAUAAUACGGUGCUAAAAGAGUUAAAUGAAUUGAAGGGCACACAAUAUGCCGAAUUUCUUGCCAUAAAAAACUGCAAAAAUAUAAAUAAAGAAACUCUGACACAAAUAGCUUCAAAAAAUGGGUAUGAGGAACUUUGUAAAUUGUUGUGUGAUUUGUAAUAAUGUAGAGUGCUUCGUUAUUACUCAUUUUAAUAGAGUAGAUUAUUUUGUUAUUACUCAUUUAUGGCAGUGAAUGAUUUGACUGAAGUAGUUCAAGUUUCAUGACUUGAUAUUGAUUUCCUGAGAUUUUGUACUCUGUCAAGGGAUAUUUUAGUGUCCUGUAAUCUAUAAAGUGUUUAAACAACAUUAAGGUUUGAAAAUCUGGUAUUGCUUAUCAGAUUGGUAUGAAUGCCCCUAAGCAUCAGUAUUCAUGUUAAUAUUUACCACAAAGCAUUUUCUGAUGUAAAGCACUUCAGAAGCUUAAAGUCUAGAUUCAUGCAUAAAUUUUCAAAAUAUUAGUGUUUUUAUUAGAGAACUGAUACAGUCUUAUGUAUUGUUCCUGUGUAUGUUUAAUGUUCUCUCUCACUUCACUGUUAGAAGCAUGUGAAAAUAAUUAGUAUGUUAAAUAUUUCUUUACAGCCCCACAAUGCAUGUGAUUUUCUAACAGUGCCUCAGUUAAUCACUCCAUUAAUUGUGCAAAACAUGUUCAUAUGUUGGCAUUUAAGAAUGUAUGAAGUUUGAUGUUUAAACUGUAUUUAAAAUAAUAAAAAUACAUGCCCUGUAUUGAAAUAUGAAUGUGUAAUUCUGUACCGUUAUAUACUCUAGCUACUACUUAUGACUUGUACGGAUCUGACAUUGAAAAUAGGUACAGUGUCCAUAAUUAUACAAUUAGGAACUGCGAUUCAGGUGUAGAUAACUACAGUAGUAAUCAGAAUUGAAAUUAACAAGAA